AUGGCACAAGCAAGUAAAGAGCCGUGCAAGAAAGAAGCUUGCGAUAUCCAAGCUUGUCUCUCCAAAAACAACUUUCUCCCGAACAAGUUUGAGGCUGGUUUGAUGGUCAAGUGGAAAUUUGCUUCCCUACAACACAAAAGGAAGAUGGAGAUUUUUUCUGGACAAAUUGGAACAACGAUGCACUAUAUUACUGAUGAGCUCCAAAAUUACAUUGGCCAAUUCUUUCCGUGUGAAUGGGGAGACUGUAUACAAGGCAACAACUGA